AUGGAGCUACUACUUCGCGAGGAGGCUCGCCGAGCCCUGGAGAUUGCGGACAUCCUCAGCAUCAUUAGAAACUACGACCCGGACCAGGAGCGAGAAAUCACCCUGGCGAUCACCUGGCUGAACAAUCUCAGCUGGGAACUCCGAGGUCUCGAUGUCCAGAUUGAAGCUGCGAGAGGGGUCAUAAGCCGGUCGGUUGCCGACGACCUGGAACUGGUGCAGACCAGCGUGGCCUUCACUCUCGGGGACGUUUGGACAAUCCUGGGCAAGAUCCCUCUCAAUCCCACCAGAGCGGCUUACCAAGAUGCGUGGAGGGAGAUCAGUCGGUAUUGCCUCGACAUGGGCAAACAGGCCCUCCAUAUGCGAUUGGAAACGUAUCAACUCUUUCUCAGCGCACUUUCUAGGAUGGUGAGAAGCAAGUCUUCCAGUCGGACCCGGAUGCAAGACCUACGUGAAGAGAUCUACGAUUUACAAACUUUACAGCGCGACAACAGGCGGUUGAUCUCGGCCACAGAGGCUCUUUCCAACCUUUCCAUGGCAACACUUCAACCGCCAGGCGGGCCUGCGCCAUUGCAAACUCAACGGCCCAUGUCUCCUACUUCCUCCCAAGAAAACUAUGAGACUCUUCACCAACCAGCAGCUCCCAGCCCGCCGGGUGUUUCUUCUCCCGCCACCACCGCCGGUUCCAUUCUCAGUUCCACAGCGAGUGCAGAGCCUGGAACACCCCAUUGGGCUGCCACCAUAUUUGAUAACCUUCCAUUCACCCCUUUUGAUGAUGAUCCUCGGCCCUCGUGCUGCUUUGGAGACAGUGCUGGCCGAGGCCGCAGCUUCCCGGACUUGGAGUUUGAAAGAAUCUUCAAGAUUAAAUUUCCUGGCGGUCUUCGGGUGAAACUGUACUGUAGAGCUCGCGACCAUCAGUGCAAGAUUGUGUGCGAGUGGUCGGAAAGCAAAAAAGAGCCUCGGCGAUCCUGUUGGGCUCUGACUGAUUUGCACAUACGACGAUCUGGACCUUUCCUAUACCUCUGUCGUCCUACCGUGGUGGCCACCAGUACAUGCUGGGCCAGUCUCAAGUGCACUUCAUACGAAUGGCUAGUGGUGUUCCACUGUACCUUUUUGUCAUUGCGAUCUCACGAUGGUGCUAAACACGUUAGCAAUACCUUGGUCUUGGAUCAUGUUCUCAAGGGGGAGAUGACAGAGUUUAGCGGAGCAAUUCGGGAUAGCGGGUACAGACAUGCCUUGCGAGUGUAUCGAGACAAGAGCACUGACGCCGUUCGGCUCGAGGCAUCGAUUCUUGAUGGAGACAUGCGGCACACCCCUAUUUGGACGGCUUUCAUCACUCACAACAUCACAUCUCCUACUUGGCUUCGCUGGCUGAAGAAUAGCUCAACUGUCUAUCUGGCCGAACUGCAACGGCGAGUCUUUUCGUCGCAGUAUACGCCCCAUGUCGCCGCCAGCGGGGAGCACUUUCUUGAUUUUGAAUUGACGCAAGACGCAGCGGGUUUUGUAGAAACUAUCGAGGAGAUUGGCGCCGAAUACCGCCGCAUGAAGGCGAAGUAA